AUGAACGGAAUCACAGAUCUGAACGAGAUAUCUGAGGCUCUUGGACUGGCAUGGACGGUUUAUGAGCAGGGAUGGCCUCAAGAUCAGUCGCCAAAUCCACAACUUUCGAGAUUUGGAGAAGAGAUACGACAGCUGGCCGUGGGUCUUGGUAAUUUGAUCCGGGUCAUAGAGAAUGCACGAAUUUGCUAUCAGCAACAUGCGAUUCGGUCUCCUACAUACCGCGGCAACAGCGUGCAAAGAGCUUGGAACCUCGUUUCGCUGCACGAAAUAUGUGGCAUGUUCAAAGCGACAAUUUCCGAAUGCGAAAGAAUACUUGUACAAAAUUGGGACUGUUUCCGAGGCGACACAUCGGCAUACAGUGAAGAGUGGAUAAUGGUUAUGAAACCAAAAGUAGAGGAAUUGUGCCAGCGUCUUCGCAUCCAUAACGUGAAACUCUCUAUGGUACUGAAGCCACUGGAGACGAAGUUGUUGGCCGAAGUGCAGCAGGAAUUCGCAAUCGCAACUCAAUACACACGUCCUAUGAGUGGAUGGUUCACAACAUUCCAGCUCCAAGGCCUAGUUGUUCUCAAUCUUCAAAAGAGUCUCCAAGAGUACAGAGAGCAACAAACCAUUUGCUUUGAGAUCUCGAAAGAGCUGGAAUCCCAGCUGCGCAUUGCUUUGGAGCAAUCAAAACCAGAGCUGAAGAAUCCAGCAACUCUCCGAAUAUGUUCUGCGGUCGAUUUAAUCAUCGAGUAUUUUGAUCAAAGCACUCGAGGAUUCACACCGGGAAAUUUCGUCAACGAGCGCAAGCCUAGUCCAAGGCAAUAUAUCAACCUUUUAAAUUCUUUGCUUAUUUUCCAACUGAUCCAACAGUCGCACGAGCUCAGAUUGCCCAUGAAAGAUUCAAUAUGGCCAUUCUUCGUCGCUGAGCUGGGGAUGACAUUGCGAUUGGAGUGCCAAAGAUUCUCCAGUCAAAGUCCAGACAGGCUGCUUACUCCAGAUCUUCUCAGCGUCCAGAGAGAAUUAAAUGGACCUAGAGAGGCUAAGUUAAGCAAAGAGGACGUGUCGAAACUAAUGUCGCCACAUUUCAAGACCUUCUCGCAUCCGGUUUUAACUGUGGCGCUUCCUAGCACGCGUGACGGCGUGGUGCGUCAGCUCUCUGUCUCUCGCGUUGACAUGACUAAGCUACACCUUGUUGAAUCGGUACAUGAGGAUCGUAAUCCUCAUGCACCAUUAGGAGAGAUCGUCAUGGACAUUGACCUUGCUUCUAUUCAAUUAACACCAAUUUAUGCAACACCAAGCUCCCGACCAAGACCUUUAGAGGUCCUGCUUCAUACAGCCACAGGACAGCUGAAUCCAUCUUUCAACGAAGUGAAGCACAUUUAUCGUCUGCAACAUCUUUUGACGGGAUACAAGGUCUAUGACAGGUAUGAUCAAGCGAUGGUAAAGGUUAGCUUCUUCAUUUCCGGCCAGAGUAGUCCGCUAGAGGAGCAUGGUCGCAUCCAGCUGUGGCUUCCUCAGCCCUACAAUGAAGGCGACAAGUCUAAGGAUGCACCGAAUGGAGACAUACAGAGCCAAAGCCUGGGUUCGACCGUCCCAAAUGCCUCAGCACCCUUCUCCCAGCAGAAUCCAGAUUCAAAAUUCAAACGUUCUGGCUCUCUACGUAAGUGGAUACCAGGGUUAAGAAAGGCUUCAAGCGGUCCUGAAUGCUCUGGACGUACGGACAUACCUGUUUCAAAAGAUUCGAGCGACGAAAAUAAGUCCGCGACUAUUUCGUACACGCGAGCUGCAUCAACAUGUUUGCGAGCAGUUCAGCCGUGUCCCAAUUCAUCUGACCCUCACGAGCUUCCUAGCGAGACAUCGGAACUCUAUCCCUCACGCUCUUCACAUGAGCUUAAAAAUAACAGCAUGUAUUCCAGAGAUUUGAUGAAUGUGUCACCAGCCAUUCAAAGCAGUUGGCAUUCAUAUGAUCAUCAUAUCAGCUCACAUCUGCCAUACACUGUAGAUGAUCUUCCAGAGAUAGCUGAAGCACCAUUUCAACAAUCACAGGUCGUCGGACAAUCCCCAUCACCUGACGGAGGUCUACAAAGAGACCUUGAACAGCCUGCAGAAAGUCCAUGGCCAUAUUCUCCAGAUUCUCUUCCCUCGCCAUCACCAUAG